AGGAAGCAGCAGGAGAAGGAGAAGGAGAAGGAGAAGGAGAAGGAGAAGAGCAAGUUUCAGGUUCUGUUUGAUCGACUGGCUUCUCGGCAGUUAGUUGACUUUGUUAAUGGCCAGAAGCUCAGCAACAGACAGCUUAAGAGGUUGGAAACAGUAUUGAAUUCGGUGAAUGUUGUGCUUGAUGAUGCUGAAGAGAAACAAAUUACCAAGCCAGCUGUUAAAAAGUGGCUUGAUGAUCUUAAACAUUUCGUGUAUGAAGCGGAGGACAUAUUGGAUGAGAUUGGUUAUGAAGCCUUGCGAUUGGAGUUGAAAGUUGACUCUGGCAAAGGAAAAUUGCAGAAUUUUUUGUACCCAUUUAGAAGUAAGAUGGCCAAAAAAUUGGAAGAUACUCUUGAUGGAUUUCAACACUUGGUAGGGCAGAAAGAUAUUCUUGGACUGCUCGAGGGGAUUGGAGGCAAAUCAUUGGUGCAGAAUAGAACAACGACUUCACUGCUAGAUGGACCUGAUGUUUAUGGUAGAGAUGGUGACAAGGAAGCCAUUAUGACUUUGUUACUCUCAGAUGAACUUAAAAGCAAUCGUGUAAGUGUGCUUCCUAUCUUAGGCAUGGCUGGUGUUGGUAAAACAACUCUUGCUCGGCUUGUCUACAAUUCUCGCAGAGUAAGCUGGUGGUUCGAACUAAAAGUGUGGAUCUGUGUCUCGGAGGAAUUUGAUGUUGUCAAGUUAUCCAAAGAUAUUCUUGAGGAAGUUACUGGGAAGACUUGCUCUAGUAUUAAUUUGAAUCAAAUUCAACUGCAACUUAAGGAGCAAUUGGAAGAGCAAAGGGUUCUGCUUGUUCUUGAUGACGUUUGGAACAACAAGUUUGCUUCAAAUUGGCAAACAUUACUGAGACCUUUUCAGUGUGUGGCUGAAGGAAGCACAAUCCUUGUUACAACGCGUGACAAAAGUGUGCCACUAUUGAUAUGUUCAGUUCCAUCUCUGAGCUUGAUCCCACCUCAUCAUCUGCAGAUAUUGAAUGAUGAUGAUAAUUGGUCAUUGUUUGCAAAACAUGCAUUUGAUCAUAGAACUUCCAAUCUGCGUCCAGACUUGAUUGUAAUAGGCAGAAAAAUUAUUAGGAACUGCAAUGGUUUACCGCUGGCAUUGAAAACACUUGGAGGGCUACUACGGUUCGAAGAAAAUGCAGGAAAAUGGACUGAGAUAUCAAAGAGCAGCAUGUGGGAUCAUCCCUGGAGUGAGAACAUUCUUCCACCUCUAAUGCUGAGCUAUCACCACCUACCAUCACAUUUGAAGAGAUGUUUUGCUUAUUGUGCUAUAUUUCCUAAAGGCUACAGAUUCAAAAAACAAGAGCUGAUUGUUCUGUGGAUGGCAGAGGGUUAUCUUCUCCAGUCUAGAGGGAAUAGAGAAACGAGAGAAGUUGGUGAAAUUUACUUUGACAAUUUGGUAUCGAGGUCAUUUUUCCAGCCAUCGAGUGGGGAUAGUUCUUGGUUCGUUAUGCAUGAUCUGUUGAAUGAUUUAGCUAGCUUUGUGUCUGGCAACUUUGGUUCCAGGUUGGAAGGAAAAGAAAGGGGGUGUACCCUUAAAGAGUUAGGGGAGCUUAAUCAUCUAUCUGGUGCGCUUUGCAUAAAGAACCUUGAACAUGUCAUUGAUGUUCAUGAUGCUGAAAAAGCAGACUUGAAGAGUAAGGUGCAUCUGAAGGAGUUGGAGUUGAGAUGGGAAAGCAGUCGAGAAGAUUCACUGGAUGUAAUUGAGAGACUAAAGCCUCAUUCUGGCAUUGAAAGAGUGUCCAUUGUAGGCUAUGGAGGGUUCAAGUUACCAGAUUGGUCGACAGACCCGUCGUUGUCAAAGGCUUGUCAUGGUGUAGAAAAAGUUGGAGCUGAGUUCUAUGAGAGUGAUGGAUACUCAUUGAAAACGAGGCCUUUUAGAUCACUCAAAACUAUGGAGUUUAAAAGGAUGGGACAAUUGAAAGAGUGGAAUUCUUACGAGAAAAGAGAUGAUGACAGUGGAGCUUUCCCUGUGCUGGAGAAGCUUUACAUAAGAGAUUGUCCAAAACUAGUGAAGGCCGUCUCCAACGAUCUUCCUUCUUUGUUCACUUUUGAGAUUGUGGGAUGUCCGAAACUUCAAGUUUCUUCACUGGAAUUAACUACUUCCAACUUCAAUGUGCUCUUGGAGGAUGAUUCUCGAAAGCUGCUGAUGAGGCAACAUCAUCUACAGAUUUUGUGGUUGGUUUCUCAAGCCUCACCGCUAGAUGGGUUGGAUCGAGUUAAUGCUCAUGUGGAAGGGAUUACGAUUGAGAAUUGUACUUCACUUAGGUACUUCCUGCUUGAAUCUUUCCCCAACUUGAAGACUCUUUAUAUUGGUUCAUGUCCACACCUUGAGCAACUUUAUGAGCCUAUGGCGACACAAGGACCUUUCACAUGCCUCUAUUACUUGGAAAUCAGCAACUGCCCGAGUUUAGUAUCUUUUCCAGAGGGAGGAUUGCCUGCCCCGAAUUUGAGAAGUCUUAUUGUGCAUGAUUGCUUGAAAAUGAAGUCACUUCCAGAACACAUGCAUUCUUUCCUCCCUUCCCUGACUGAGCUGUACAUAACAACCUGUCCAGAGCUUGGUUCAUUUCCAGACGGUGGGCUGCCCUCGAAGCUUGAAAUCCUUGAUAUCAAUGGUUGCGACAAACUUAUUGCCAGCAUGUUGCAGGGCAAUUGGCAAGCUCCUUGCUCUCUUGUUGAGUUCCAUAUUGGUUAUGGCAAAGAUGUAGAGACAUUUCCGAACCAGAUGUUGCUGCCGUCCACCCUCACAACACUCCAAAUUCUGGGUCUUCAUAACUUGAAAACUAUGAACUGCCAAGCACUUCAAUGCCUCACCUCCAUCACAAAGAUGGGAAUCGGAAACUGUGACAACCUGGUGCCUUUCUCUGUGGGGGCUUUAUAUCAGCGACUAGAGUCCCUUGACAUCUAUGGUUGCAGCAAACUCAUUGCUGGUCGCUUGCACUGGAACUUGCAACUGCUUCCCUUCCUUUCACACUUGGGUUUUGGUGACAAUGAAGAUGUGGAGUCAUUUCCCGAAGAGACACUGCUUCCCUCUACUCUUACUUCUCUGGCUGUCUGUAAUCUUCAAAAUCUGAAGACUCUCGAUUACAAGGGACUUCAGUGUCUCACAUCUCUGAGAAAAUUGAAGAUUGAGAACUGCUCCAAGCUUCAGUCCCUUCCAGAAGAUGGGUUGCCUCCAACACUUAGAUCUCUUGAGAUUAAAGAUCUACCAAAUUUCAGGUGGCAUUUUGUUGGAGCAUUGAGCUUGAGUGAUGUAAUCUGAGGUGACGCAUUGCUUCAAGUUGUGAUCGGACUGGUACGAACACCAGAAAAAGGUCUAUUUGCUGGGUUUCGUGGAGCUUAAGGGACUCUUGUAGCAUCUAAUCUAUACCCAAGCUACCGAUGGUGCCGAUCCUAGAGUGACUACUGUGGCUUCAUUGCUAUUCAGGAGGCCUUUGAAGGUCUACAAUUUGUUGUGUGCUGUAAAUUUGUAAUUCACUAUUCAUCACGAACAAGUAGUGUUAUCUGUACAUGAGUCGCCUCUCCAACAUCAAGCACCAUUUUUGGCUUUUCGUAAGCGACAACCGCCACACCAUUAUCAAUCCUUUCCCCCAGCUAGGUUAAACUAUAGAACAAUUAGUGGGGGAGAAACAAUAGGAAAAGAGAAGGGAAAACAGAUCCCCCUAAUCAAAAUGUUUGGGACAUCGUAUCAUCUCCACCACCAAAACUGACGGAACAAAAAGACCUUCCUCAUUCGGACAUUGUAAGUCAUGAACGCUCUGGCUUUAAUAGGGUCAGCAUUCA